AUGUUUGUCUCACUUCGACAUCGUGUAUUUAGAUUAAGGAAAAUGCAUCUUGAGAAGACGACAACAUCAACACAAGAUGAUCCUAUUGAUGCACAUGAUUUAAUGUGUCCCAUAUGCAUGGUCAUUGCUGAAGAUCCACAUGUCACAUCAUGCUGUCAUCGAGUAUUUUGUGCGAAAGAUGCCAAUCCAAAUCGAUAUGAAAAUGGUUGCCCAUUAUGUCGUGAAGUGAAUUAUUCAUUUCAGCCAUCAUCAAAACAUAAAGCAAUGCUUGAACAAUUAACAAUCAAAUGUUCAUGUUCAGAACGAAUUGUUCCAAGUGAAUAUGAACAUCAUCUUGAACGCUGUUCGAAUAUCAUCUUCACAUGUCCACACAAUGCUUGUCAAGAAAAGAAUGAGUCAACAAAAUAUAAUUCUCAGCAACUCGUUAAUCAUCUUGCUCGAGCACAUUGUGAUGAAGUACCUAUGCUCGGUACAACUUAUGUUAAUAAGAAAUCUCUCGAACCGUAUAAAAAAGCAUCCGGAAAGUACGAUGAUCUCGUAUCAACAUUAUACUCUGUGCUUUAUCCUAAAAUGAUCGAUAUUCAAUUACAAAAUUCGCCGACCAUACAAGAAACUUCAUCUAUAUUUCAUUGUCCAGCGGGACAUAAAUUGGUCGAUGCUGAUCGAACAAAACGUAAGCGUAAAAAUGGAACUGUUUAUUCCACACCAGGUUUCAAUUGUGAUAUCUGCCAUCGAUCGUUUUCAAAUGGACAAUCCUGGCAUUGUUCAUGCUCAGAUAGUGGUUUUGAUAAAUGUGUUGGUUGCGUUGUUUUUCAGUUGUACGAUAUUGACAAUGAUGUUUUACAAUUAGCAAGCCGAGAUAAUGAAGAACAACAACAACGAUAUCGACGGCAGACAAUCAGAAACACCGUACGUUUACCUCGAGGUUUAUUUCGUUUGUUGACUGGCAGUAUGGAUGACGAAGAUGACGAUGCCGAUGCAUUGGCACUGAGACAUCGUUCGCCAUUUCUAAGUCAACGUAGUACGUUUGAAGGCACAGAUGACGAUGAAAUCGAAGUUAAUCUUCGCGAAGAUUAA